UCGGGCAUGCUCUCCUUUGGCAAGAAGCUUGGAUCCAUGUUCAAGCACGAGGAAAACAAACCAGCGAUUUCUCUACCGCCAGUAGAAGAGAUUACAUAUGCGUCAAGGUCGACGCCAUCCCUCAAGGACACUCCUUCGACGAGCGCAGAGAGCCGAUCGCUUCCCGAAAAGCUCAAGAAGGAGCAGGAGCGUCUCGAGAGGGAGAAGCGCGCGAACCAAGAACGGAUGCAACGCGAGCGCUCACGCGCAGUCAUGGCGAAGCGCAACCAAGCAAUCAAAUCUCGCAACGCCGACUUCGAAUACCAGAGCGUCAGUUCGGGCCGACUCGCCAUGGGCAACCCCACACGCAAUGUCAAACCCAAGGUAUCAAAGGAGGAGACGUCGGCGUUUGGAAAUGGUGUCGUUCCACCCAGUGUCAUGGCCGCUCAGAGCUUUGGGGCUACCAAUACGACCUUGAGCGUAAAUGGCGCCAAUCCGGGACGACAAGCCAGGCUACAACCUUCGAACAGCGGGAUGCCCUUGCUUGGAGGAUCGUACGAGUAUAGGACCAAACGACGAAAGGAAGAUGAUGAUGAUCAGUCGAUGUCAAGCUCGGAUGUGCAGUCGAUCGGCAGAAUGUCUGUCAUUUCAUUUGCGACGGUGGAUUCAGAUCCUGGACCGGGGAGAUCGUUACGGAAGCGGAGGAGUGCGUAUAGCUAUGGGCUUAGCCCACGACCAGACGGGACUGCGACAUCGCUCUCGUCGUUGCAGAGCUAUACAAACUCGCCGAGAUCGUCUCAUUCUGUGGAGCCAAGUUUAAUUUCUGGAGCGGGUUCGAUUGAUGCCCAAUUUGUGAGCGACUUUGAGGCUAGAGCGACAUUUGCGGCCGUCAAUGGGGCUCCCUUGUACUCACCCGCGGGUCUGCAUCCCAUAAUGCCACAUGUGGCCAAUGCAAACUCGCCAGCUCAUUCGGACGUGCCUGAUUCGAUGAGUCCGCCCAACUUGCAGUUCUUGACGUUGGCCGGGUCGCCCAGUCAAGCACCGUGGACACUCGACUCACCCGGCGGAAGUAUAAAUGGAGAUGUGGAUGGAAACAGUGUUAGCACGCUUGGAAGCAGAAAGAUGCCCGGUGGUAUGGUUUCUCUCCAUGGCGUUAGCCCUGGUCACAGGGGCAGCCCUUCUUUUGAGUACUUUGGCCAUCACGCCCGAAGUCAUCCCCCCACGCCACAUUCUGGAUCAGGUCCUGCCUUCUUUGUGCAACAGGUACCUCCUGUGCCUCCAUUACCCACCACAUCUCAUCUCCCUGGCACCAAUUCCCUUCCACCCUUUUCCACUCUUGCUGCCGUGUCCGACAUGGGUUCACCAGCACCGCAGGCACUGGAUACAACACCCCACUCUCUCGAUCAUCCACCGUAA